UUACUUAUUAGUGGUUGAUGGCGCUAUAUCAUAGUAAGCAUAACAAAACUUCUUUUUAUUGAUUAGCGUUCUCAUUCACCGAGGCUUCAGCGAGCACUUACGCGUAAAUUUUUUCUUUGAUAAUAUCGUGUAUCGUAUUGCUUAUUCUAAUCAGAAUUUUAAACUGAACAAUAGCAAGGCAAUCCGAAAUUGACAGUUCUACGUCCGAUGAAGAAAUAAGUCACUGGGUAAUAGGUGAUGACUGUAUCGACUUAUGUGGUUAUGUGGACAAAGUUGUAGGCGUGAAAAAUGUGGUGGUUGGAAGAGAAUUUAAUAAUAGGGUUAUCAAUCUUUUGUCAGUCAUUGUUAAUAAUGGCGGCAACAGUCGAAUCUGCGUUCUGUUUUGGGGAAACAGAGCUACUCAACUUUUUGGUAAUUUAUCUGAACGAUCCAUCAUUGCCAUCAAGCGUGCAAAGGCGCGAAAAAGGAAUUCUCAGUUUCACGAUCCAGAAAAUGAUGUGGGACCCAUUGAAUUAUCAACUCCGCAAGUAUCUACUAUCGUUAUUGAAAAUUUUUUAUUCCACCCUCAAAGAGUUCCUAUUCCACCUCAAUAUCAAGGACAGUCCUGUUUGGUUCAACGUAGAAGCGAUGACUUACUUCAGUAUUAAAAUCGACUGCCGUUGAUUAACUGCUGGCAAAAAUAUUUGCUUUUUUAUUUCUCAGUUUUUUUUUUUAUGUUUUCAAAUCAUUUCCUUCAAUCAUUUUCAUACAAAAUAGUGACAAUAAGUACUUGUCCGCUAAUUUUUCUAUUUUAAUUUUAAUAGCACUCGUCUAAUUAAG